CCCCUGCUCUUUCCCAUUAGCGCGAGCAUUAAAUAAAUUCACUACUUCAAACCACCGAAACAUUUCAAGAAAGAGGACAGAAAUGGACGUGAGAAUGGUGGGCCUUGAAAACCCCUUCCUGUCAGCCCUCCAUCACAUGCUGCUGGACCAACAAAUCCCCCAAGACGAAGAGGGCCCCACACGCACCUACGUCCGCGAUGCAAAGGCCAUGGCCUCAACCCCUGCGGAUAUCAAGGAGUACCCAACGAAGUACGUGUUCGUGGUGGAUAUGCCGGGCAUCAAAUCGGGGGAUAUCAAGGUCCAGGUCGAGGACGACAACGUGCUUGUCAUCAGCGGCGAGCGGAAGAGGGAGGAGGACAAGGAAGCUAAGUACGUGAGGAUGGAAAGGAGGGUUGGCAAGUUCAUGAGGAAGUUCUCUCUGCCGGAGAACGCGAAUACGGAUGCGAUCUCGGCCGUGUGUCAGGAUGGGGUGCUGACUGUGACAGUGGAGAAGCUGCCACCUCCGGAACCCAAGAAGCCUAGGACCAUUGAGGUCAACAUCGCUUGAGCGGAAGAGACGGCAGUCGCAUAUCCUUUUAGUUCUCUGUCUUUCUGUUUUCUUUUCUGUUUCCCCUGUUUUUUCUUUCGUCUGUUUGUGUCGAGUGAUCAUGAAUGAAUGGAAUGUUGAAGUUGUUGCGUAUGAUGCACUGUGUUGUGAUGGACGGUUCGCAGUUCUAACGAGCGGGACUCA